GGGACAGCACAGCCACGGCGUCUCUGCUUGGCAGUACGAAAGGGCUUUUUUGCCAGGCACUUUGCACGUACUUCAGCUCCAUCUACCGUACAAAGUACUAUAACCAUUAAUUGCCUUGCGCCGGGUGAGAAGCCCGUGGUCUGGACUCGACCCCCAAGACAAUACAUCCCCUACGGUCCACAGCCAGACAAGGUAUGGCUGACCAUCUCGCUACUGUCCUUAACGGGGACCACCAGUAGCGCAAUCCCCUGUGCAAGGAUACUCCUUACCGUUGACUUCUCCUUUCUGGCCGAAAAGCUUAAUCUCUCUUUAUACCCAUGUUGUAAGAGUCCACGAACCUCUCCUUAAAAUCUCCUGUCGCCCGCUGGAUCGUGCCAAGGCCGCCAUGUCUCAAGGUGAUUUGUUGCCGGAAUAGCCUGCCGAGGGUGAAAGAUUGUACGUUUCCGCUUCGAGUUGGAGUUACGGUCCGUCGGUUUACGUCAACUAUCCAUCUGCUCUCUACGCGCUACGAUGCCCCCGUAGCAUGGGUAGGGCGAUGCGUGGCGAUGGCUGCGCGUGCAUAAUGUUUCACGCAACCGCGUGUUACAACACACCCCUUUGGAAUGAGAAUUACCGUAGCCCAUACGCCUUAAGGACGGCAAACGGUUUGCAAAAGACAGUGAAGAUUCUCGAAAGUAGUAGUCACUAAGCCCUAUCGUCUAUCAAUCGUAUCAAGCGCGCCUUGUUGGUCCAUUUACGGGAAUUUCCAUGCAGGACAACAGGUGCCGUUAAUCUGUAGAAAAUACGGCGUGAAUGCCAGACGUUGGAGCGCCCACUUGCUACUUUAAAGUUGAAGGACUACUGGGCAAUGGCGUUGAAGCACCAGCGCGUGGCGAAUGUAACCUCGAGGCCAUCUCCAGCAUCACUUCAACAGCUGGCAAGUGCUAUGUCGGAUGCGAAGCAUGUCGCCUAGCACUGUAUGGUUUAUACUGUCAAUGAUUUACACUGAUUGCUUCCGUAGAAUUACAAGCAUUCGGCGGCCCAAACGAAUAUUGCACAAGUGAGCAUAAAGCCACUGCCCUGACCGAUAAACACUAUAACAAGACUUGUGUAUAGCGAAACCUUAAGCUGUCAGAAUAUGUCGCUUUUGUCUGUUUUCGACAGACCGCGUAUCGUUCUAUGCUAUACAGUGGUGUUGCUGCAUGAUAAAUGUGCAGAAACGAAAGGUGAACAGUGACUGACGGCUGCGUUUGGCUCGCAGCUGGCAGUCCCGCGAGGGAGCCGGAGCCUACUCCAGUUUAACAUCUGCAGUCUCUCAUCUUCAAGAAACACAAUUGCCAUUAGACACGCUUACAUUAUAUGGGUGCAUACCGACAAUAGCAGUGCUGAGUUUUGGUAGAGUACGGAGAUGACGCGCAAAGCGACGACACGAGGGCCAGUCGUCUUUGCGGAAUGGGUCAUUGGAGGGCCAAUUAUUCCUCUACGAGCAAAAAAAGCAAAGCCUAAAGUGAAAAGCCCACCGGAAGUUAUUACAGUAGAGGUCACAACCGACGAUGACAAUGAUACCGAUACUCUCCACGUUACUUAUCCGCGCUCACGUCGAUAUGUGCCAGAUGGGAACAUGAGCGAAGGAAAGAAGGUUCACUUUGAUAAAAAGCAUACCAAAUCGGUUCUAAAGAACGGCGGAUCUCAAGUGACUGUGAAAGGAUCGGAUACCGACUCAACAGCAGCCCCUUCUAGUGAUACGUCUGGCGACGAAACAUCAGAGGCGUCCUCUGAUGCCGAAGGUUCAAAGACUGGCAAGCCCUGUUGUAACUGUUCGAGAUGUAUAAAGAAGCGCCAUCGACAAGAAAAGUGUACCAAGAAUACAGAGUCAUCCGCGGACGAAAGCGAGACACCCAAAUGCGACAAAUGCGGCGACAAAGCAAAAGCUGAUGAGAAGGACAAACCAAAGGAGGGGGCAAAGAAUGAGGCCAAGAAAGACCAAGAUGAACCAAAUAAUAAAAAGAAGAACGAAGAAAAUACCAGCAAGAAAAAUGAUAAGACAAAGGACAAAGAAAAGGAUAAAGACAAACCCGAUGAGAAGAGCACCAGGGACAAAUCAGAUGCCAAAGCUGACAAGGCAGUAGACAAAAAAGACGAAAAGACGCAAGAGACGGAGGGAAAGGAUAAAGCCACCACCAAUGCCAAAGAUGACCCUUCCAAAGCCAAGGAACCAGAAACACUCACCCUACCUCCAGGCAAGACUCCAAACCUCAUCGCGCCAAUCCGUGCACAAGUCGUCCAGACCGAAGCCGUGAUUGAAGGCUCUCAGGACCCUCGUCCUAAUGCCUUUUACGAUGCUGCCCACAACAUCAUGCGUGUAUACUACGGUCCUGUGUACGGCAACCAUGACAAUCGCUCCUUAUACCCUCGGCAUGAUCCCACCGGGCUACCGCUAAACCUUGGGAUGCCCUAUCCGCCACACCAUCCGUACUUUUACGGAUUCAAGGACGGUCCUCCAGCAGCAUAUCCUAUGUCAGGAUAUCCUCCCCCUCCUCCUCACCCUCAUCCUCAGACAGGUCAGCACCAGCCUGCCGACACAGGCAGCCACCGGGGCGCCUUUUCCAAACCACCUAGCGUCCACGACGAUAUCGCCGGCCGAAGCAACGUCGUGCCCGUGUCCAAAGCCAUCCCGCCCAAGAGUAACCCGUACUACAACAACAAGCGACAGAGCAAGUCUGUCUUCGCGGGAUCCUCCCGACACGGUAGUCCGAGUCACACAUCACCACCAAAGCAGCCAUCUCCUGUCCCAGAGCCACCGCCAGAGCCAACUACCUCAGGAUGGGACAACAAUACUACUCCAGACAAUGGAUAUAAAGUCACGGCCGGGGCCCAGGACGGGUGGUCCAAUGAUGCUACGAAUGGAAUGUCCAGCUGGGACAACAAUGCGCAAACAGACAAUGACAAGAACAACAAUAAUACUAGUGGUUGGGGAAAUCAACCAGAAGACAACGUAGGGAUGCCUGGAGCGUGGCAGGAUACCACCAUGGCUGCCAGCACAGGCGGCAAAAUCGAGACCGCAUGGUAGAACUUACAAAGUGAGAGCACUCCAAGUUGUAGCAGCAUAGAGAAGAUCAGAAGAGACGAAGGGAUGAAAUGAUUUCGCUACCUGCCAUGCUACCUAAUCUAUUACAUUUUACCCAGUCCAACGCCGUCUCCAAGUGAAGAGAAAAUAAAACAAGUCGCUAAAGAAUGGGACAACUACUAAGUGGCCUAGACAAUGUCAGCGCACCGCUUCUAUCACGCCGUCGCCAACGUCUUCUUCGAAAACCUACCAGAUUCUACCUUCCCACUCCAGAAUCCACGAGCAGCAAAUCUUGAGCCUCGAGCGGACACUCGACGUGCUCAGUAGUCUGUACUUCUCGCGUGCUUUAAUGGGCAAGAUGCUAGCCAGCCACCAGGGGAAGACGGCCGGAUCCCGCGGGCACUCGCCAUAUAUAUCGAGUACGUUGUCCGCUAGCCACGGGGCGCUGCGUUCUCUCAUACGAUCUACAAAUUCGAGGGCAAACCGCACCAGGUCCUGCGUCGGCAAGGUAUCCAGGUCCUGCAAAAUGGCGGGAGGCACGCGCGCGGCCAGCGGCGGGUUGGGAUUCGGCACUCGAGGCUGGCCAGUAGCCUCAUUAUUCAGCUGAUCAAUGGGAAUUUCGAGAAGCGUUACGCCCUGGGUCCGGAUACCAGAGACCUGUAGCGCUUCGAGGGCCUCUUCCUCCUCAAGACUGAUGUCGUGGAUACGUUCUGUCUCAGCGACGGCAUAGCCAUCGACGGAGCCAUGACGAACAACACGAAAGCGGGAGAGCCCAAUGGUCUCAAUCAGGCAGCGACCAUCGGGAUAAAACUCGGCAUUUACGAUGCGCAUCAACGUGCCCAACUCGUAGAAGUUGGCAUCGCCACUAUGCCGCGGCCGCUUUGGCUGCACCAUGCCAAACGUGCGGUCGUUGUCGAGUGCGCGGCGGAUCAUGAGCUUGUACCGCGGUUCAAAAAUGUGCAAGAAGGUGGGCAUUUGUGGGAAAGCAAGGGUACAUAUGAAGAGCGGUACUCCCAAAUCGUUCCGUCUGGCCGCUUCGUCAGCAGCGAGCAUGUCGGCUCGCGCUAUCGAUUCGGCUUGCCAACACGUUGUGAUGAUAUUGGACAGAGCCUCAUUAGCUGGACACGAUUCCAGCGUCAGGCGCGGCGAAAUGGCCAACUUACGCCGGCAUAUGGGACAGUAUCGAGAGUGGUCGAGGAUGCGGUAAAGACAUGAGCGGCAGAAGGUGUGGCCGCAGCCAGUGGUAAUAGGAUCAUGAAAGAGAGCGUAGCAUAUUUGGCAAUCCAUUUCGCUCCGGCUCAUUGUUUGAAUAUUGUCAAAUUCGUCGGCUUCUCGGGAUAUCUGCUCAACGGCCGUCUCAGCCCCUUCCUUGUCGUCGUCAGAUGUGCCGUUUAAUUCUGCGUUGUUCCAUAUUGUUGUAAACUCCUUCAAUAGACUCGAGCUAUCAGCAACGCCAUCAGCAUCACUAGCCCGCAAAGCAUCGCGCAGAUGCUCUGCCAACUUAUUCAGGACAACAUCUGUUGCGCAGUCCCCAAUCGUAUGUUCCUUUGCACAAUCUUUUAUCGGGCAGAUGAAGCCUUUUUGUCGCUCAGGGUCAGCCGGAUAUGAGAUAUCUAUGCGGUCGUAUGUCGUCGGCACGCAUGCCUUGCACAUGGUUCGCCCGCAUGGUAGUGUCGUAGCGUCGCGGUACGGUUUGGUGCAUAUUCGACAAAUAAAUAAGUUGAGGAGAGUGUGAGGAGAGAGACGGGAUGCGGAGGGAGGAGGAGAAUCGCAGCCUAUUGUAUCUUGGUCUGUCAUGGCAGGGUUCGGGCCAGAGUAUUCCAGCGUAUGCUGCUGUUCGUCGAACCGGGAGCCACAAAGCCCAGGCGGCAACGUAGGGCCGGAGGGUGUCGGAGUGUGUGGUUGAUUUGAUGACAUGUAGUAUAUAUGAUUUUGCGACUUUGGGUAAAGACAACAGCGGUAGAAGAAAGAACGGUAACCGAGAGCUAUCGAGAGAACAUGAUUGCCGAGGCGUUGGAUACAAGAGACGUGCUUGUGUGCGUGUGUGGGUAUAAGCCAGAGUUUUAAAACAAGUUAGCCAGUAACGAAGAAGCUCCUAGCAGCUACACACGAUGUCGCCAGGUAUCCGAAUAGUUUGAUGAAGUAGACGAAAAGAGCAAAUCAGCCUGUGUA